CCGCCUCUCCGCCCCGCACCCCACGCCCCUGCCCCACACUCCCACGGCAUGUUGUGGGUCAAACAUGAGCUAUUUGCCCAUCAGCUCUCCUUCCUUCGAGAGCGCAUUGGCUCGCUCAACAAGCUCCUGGACGUGGCACACUCGCUUCGCGCCGCUUGUGACCCCACGACGGCCUCGAUCUCGCUCAAAGACUGGCUCAAGCUCGCGCACAAUGAGCUCAAUCUCAAGCCGGACUUGGGGCUUGUCGCUUUUGAUACCUUCCGGGUCCUCGCGGCGCCGCUGGUGGCCGUCUCGGCCGUCAAUGACAGCGGGGCGUCGUCGUCGUCCGGCGGCGAUGACGCUACCGCCGGCCUCCCGUCUGUCUCGCGGGUAGUGACCGAAGACAAGGUUGAUGCCACGCUGUUUGUGCUCUUCCUUUUUGUUCAGCUCUACCACCCGCACAUGCUCCGGUCGCAGCUCGUCGAGCGGGUGGAGAACUCGCUCCUCCGCUACGAGGAGCGGAUGCAGACCGAGUGGGUCCGCGCCCACGCCCGCCAUCUGGUCCAGCUCCUCAUCCACGGCACCGCCGAAGACGUGCUCUUCCGCAAGCACCACAAGGCGCCCACAAACGACACCCUCUUCUCGUUCACCGCCAUCCCUCUCGCCCGCACCGAGGUUGCAAAGCUCGCCCUUGUCCUCGGCUCGGGCUACGACCACUUCCACAUUGCGCCGCCGUCGCAGUUUCUCGUCCCCACUACUCUCGAUGCAACAGCUGCCGUCAUUGCCGGCCCUGCGCUUGUCAACUACAUCACCGCUAACCUGACGGUCAACACCACGGCGUACCCGCUGCUCCCGCUCCGCCGCCGCCCGCUCAACGAGGCCGAAGAGACAGAGAUCUACACUUUUGACAACAUGCCCGCCGAGCCGGCCGUACCCUACACCGAGCACGCCUCUUUUGCCAGCGAAGAGCGGUACGAGUCUGCGCCGCCGCUCGUCUAUCGCGACAUUGCCAAGAAAACAAUGGGCAAGGUCUCGGCCGGCCUCUGGUCGUCGUCGCUCCGCUCGCUACACAUUGUGCGGUGCAAGCACCAGUACAUGUACUUUCUGGGCCCGCACGACUACGUCACCAUCUACGGCUGCAAGAACUUGACCAUUGUCGUUGGCGCUGUCGCCAAGGCUGUCCGCGUGCAGCGCUGCGUCGGCGUCCGCCUCAUCUGCGCCACCGCCGCCCUCACCGUCAAGAACUGUGUCAACUCGUCGUUUUACCUCUUCUCGCUCACUCGCCCGCUUCUCAAGGAAAGUCCGAGCGCCUCACCUUUGCUCCGUUCAACACACACUACCCGCUCCUUGGCGCACACCUUGAGCGUGCCGGCCUUGACCCAUCGGCGCCCAACAAGUGGAACGAGGUCAUCUCGCUCUACUCGGCCGCCGCCGCAGACGCCGCCGCCUCACACGCCGAGCUGGCCUCUAUUUCCGAGCGCGACGCGUCGACGUCGUUUGCCCUGCUCAAACCUGACAAGUUUACGCCGUUUGUCGUUCCGCUGCACAUGGAGGGCGCGACGCGGAAGAACCCGUUCCCGCUUCCGCCCUCCUUUGCCGACGCCCUCGCCGCCCGUCAGGCCGAGAUCGACUCGUUCCUUCAACUCAUCUCCAACCCGCCGCUUCCCCUCGAGCAGCACGCAGAGUUCCAAAGCAUCAUGCACAAGCGCUUUCGGGAGUGGAUGUCCAAGUCGUGUCCCUCGGCCCUCCGCGAAGUCCAUCAGCUCCUCCUCGCUGCCAACGUCGAGCGAGCCUCGCGCCUCCCGGAGCAGUCGGUCGUCUCGUAUCCGUUGCCGGACACCGACCGCACCGACCGCACCGACCGCACUGACCGCACUGACGCCUCGCGCGGAUGACUUGCCUUUGCUGGCGAUGCCCUGCCGGCGCAGCAGGUGUCCAACGUGUGCCGUUCACGGCGCCUGCAGCUUGGAGAUGUACUGGAUCACCUUUUGCCGCGUCUUGCGGCCGAGAUCGCCUGCUCCCGACGAGACCAGCCCGGUCAGCUGCUUCACCGAGUACUCGCCAAAGUGGUCCUUGAUCCACGGCAUGAUCUCGUGCUCCUGCAGGUAAAAGGCCUUGACAAAGCCCUC